GCGGCCGCGGGGAGAGCCGGAGCCGCCAGCCGGGGGGGGCCGCGAGGCGCCGCGCAGGUUCUAAAUGGCUUCUAAGAAAUUGGGAUCCGACUCUCAUGGGCCUUUCAGUUAUCUUGAUGAUGUCCCAUUUAAGAUAGGAGACAAAUUCAAAACCCCACCUAAGGUUGGAUUACCGAUUGGUUUUUGCCUGCCUGAUUCUCCUCAGCUUGUCAGAGAAGCCCAGUAUGACUUCUCACUGGAAAAGAAAACAAUUGAGUGGGCUGAAGAUAUCAAAAAAAUUCAAGCUGCUCAGAGAGAAGCUGAACGAAAGGCAAAAGAAGCGAUAGCAAACUCAAAGGCAGCUUCAGAGGACAGCAAUAAAAUGGGGUUCUCAGAGGGACCUUGCCCUGAGGUCAUACCUCCUCCUAUUAACCCUAUCCUUGCUAGUCUGCAGCACAAUAAUAUUCUUACUCCCUUGCCAGCUGACAGCAGUGCAGUGAAGCAGAAGGUUCUUAGUCCACCUCGUCCAAAAGCAGAUUUCAACCCAGCUGAUUUUGAAUGUGAAGAAGACCCGUUUGACAAACUGGAAUUAAAAACUAUUGAUGAUAAGGAGGAAUUAAAAAACAUUCUUGAAAUUCAUGUUGGUACGACUGGGCCAAUUGUUGCCCAGCUGUUAGACAGUAGUUUGCCCAAAGGAGGGCCCGAGUCUGUCUUACAAGAUCAAGAAGUUCUGGCAUCCAUAGAAAGGGCCACGUUGGACUUCAAACCCCUUCACAAACCCAAUGGCUUUAUCACUUUACCGCAGUUGGGAAACUGUGAAAAGAUGUCCUUGUCUUCCAAAGUGUCCCUGCCCCCUAUCACUUCGGUGAGCAAUAUCAAAUCCCUGUCCUUUCCUAAACUUGACUCCGAUGAGAGUGAUCAAAAAUCAUCAAAGCUCACGAGCACUUUCCACAGCACUACCUGUCUCCGCAAUGGCACUUUUCUGAGCUCUCUGCAAACCUUUGCUCAGAGUAAAGCUAGUGAACUGAAUGGACACCAUAUGGUUGGUCUUUCUGCUCUAAAUGAGGACAGUGGCAUGGAGACAUCAGCAUUAUCCUCUUCAUCCAGGCUGCCUUCCCUGGCUGAGUUGACAGUUUGUACAGAAGAAGAAUCAUCUCAAAGCACAGCGACAUCGCAGGUACACUCAGACUACAAGGAAGCAGAAAUCCCUGUGGUAACGCACCAACAUUUUCCAGUGUCUAAAGUGCCCAAUAACACCAGUUGCACAAAGCAGACGGGUGGCCCCACUCCCGAGCUACUGCAAGCCCUCUCUGCCAGUGAGAGACAGUGCAUAGAGACAGUUGUCAACAUGGGGUACUCACCUGAGAAUGUCCUGAAAGCCAUGAAGAAGAAGGGACAGAACAUAGACCAGGUUUUGGAUUACUUGUUUGCACAUGGACAGCUUUGUGAGAAGGGUUUUGAUCCGCUUCUUGUUGAAGCAGCUUUGGAAAUGCAUCAGUGUUCAGAAGAGAAGACCACAGAACUUCUCCAACUAAUGAGUCAGUUUAAAGAAAUGGGCUUUGAACUAAAAGACAUUAAGGAGGUCUUGUUAUUACAUAACAACGACCAACACAAUGCUCUGGAAGCUCUAAUGGCCCGGGCAGGAGCCAGCUGAAAACGCAUUCCUGGGUUCUCGACGCAUAAUGGAGCAGGACCAGCACCGCUACCUUCGCAUCCAGUGUGACUUGCUCUCGACAAGGAGUCCAGCUUUUUGCAUACACGGGAGAGUGACUGAGCAAGACUGCCUGCGUGCAUUAUACAGCAGUUCUUUCAAAUGAGAGCCAACUUUCUUUCUUAAAUUAAAAUUUUAAAGUGCCCUUUCCUAAGUUUCCUUUUUCCAGCUUGGCCACGGAGAGUUUAGACUGCCCAAACUCUGCUGGAAUUGUAUAUAGGCAGAAACAGGAGUGGUUUUUUUCCCCUACUGUUGCACUGGAGUUGGACAGAAGAAUACUAAGUUGGUUCUGAAACUAGGAUGCUUUGGUUCUUUAAAGCUGCUUUCAUGGUGUCUGCUUGUACUGAAUUACUUGACUUUCACAGUCCAGAUUAACUGGUUAAAUUUGACCUUUAGUGCAAUGGAGUUUUAUUUUUUGGUUGGAAGUUAGUCUGUAACUUAGUAAAACACUGGUUCAGAAACUGUCGCUAUGCAUAAAAAGAGAAGCUGUUCCUCUUCCCGUGCGUGUUUUUUUUUUUUUUUUUUUUGACCCAUGCAUCCAACACUUCUGCCAGACAUAAGCAUCCAAUGCUGAGUGGUGUGUAAGUUCUCUUGAAACAGGUAAGCUGUGAACUUGACCUGGAGCUGCAACUUGCGUGGGUUCUUGAACCUGAAGGCAGAGAGCUAGGGCUCAGUAUUCUUAACCUCCAGGUUUGUAGGUUAUUUAAGGAAAUGCCCUGCUAGGAAAUCAGAUUUUUUUUUUUUUUUAAUAAUACUGUGUGAAGCAGGAGGUUUCUUUCAAGCACUUUCUUUAAGACAAAAUAUACUCACUGCAUUAGUUCCCUUCUCCACACUGCUAUAGAACUACGUAAUAACAUCUAGUACUAGAAAUCAGGGUUUGGGUUGGUUUUGGUAGUAUGAAGUGUAUUAUGUUGUACAUUGUUCAAGUUCUAAAUACAUAAAAUAUCAGCAGUCUUGAGGAAUCUUAAGUAAUUUGCUAAAUAUUUUGAUUCUGCAGAAGAACAACUAAUAAAACCCUCAAAUGUAA